CUCCGUUCAUUGAGUGACCGAGUGACUGAGUUUGUUUAUCGAAAUAUGUCACCACACAACGAUUGGGUUCUGUAACAAACACAAAACUUCACAUCUGAAAACAGUUCUCAGCAAUCGUGGAUUGAACGAGUGUAAGCAUUGGAUGUAUACAUUAGGCAAUCUAAAUAAGCAGCACAAGAUUGUUACAUAACCUCUGGUUCUUGAAAGCCGACAAACACCGAAAUAAUGCUGAGUCAACUUAUAUAUCGUCGUUUUCCGGCCUUACGUCGGGGCUUAUCUACGGUACCCAAAAUAAAUCCAGCGGUGCUGUCUAAUGCCAAUGCUGCUGAUAGAUACAAACCUGGAGGUCGAUACCACGGUUUUCUAUGCACUCGGUCACAGUAUAUCCAGGACUUCAACAUGGUUGCGUACAUGUUCCAGCACGAGCGAACCGGCCUCGAGUAUUUGCACAUCGAUCGUAACGAUUCGAACAAUGUUUUCUCUAUCAACUUCCGCACGACGCCCUUCGAUUCGACCGGUUUGCCGCACAUUCUAGAGCACAACGUUCUGUGCGGAUCGGAACGAUUUCCUGUGCGUGAUCCAUUCUUCAAGAUGUUGAACAGGAGCCUGGCAACAUUUAUGAACGCGAUGACGGGUCCCGAUUAUACCCUGUAUCCGUUCUCGUCCACCAACGAGGUGGAUUACAGGAAUCUUCAAUCGAUUUAUCUGGAUGCGGUGCUCCGACCGAAUCUGAAGUACUUGGACUUUUUGCAGGAGGGCUGGCGCUUGGAGCAUUCUGAUUUGCGGGAUGAAGCCUCGAAGCUGGUCUUCAAAGGGGUCGUGUAUAACGAAAUGAAGGGAGCUUUCUCGGAAAACUCCGCAGUGUUUGGCCAGAAGUUUUUCAAUACGAUACUGCCGGAUCACACAUACGGCUACGUUUCGGGCGGGGAUCCGCUCGAGAUUCCGAAACUCACGCACGAAGAUUUGGUGAGCUUCCAUAGGAAAUACUAUCAUCCGAGCAAUGCCAGAAUCUACAGCUAUGGAAAUUUUAACUUGGAUAAAACUAUGCAAUACGUUAAUGAGCACUAUUUGAACGAUUUCGAUCGGAUCGACUCGAGCUAUAGCACUAUUCCGCCACAGAAGCGUUGGAAGGUCGCGCAGAAAAGCCACAUACAAUGUCGAUAUGAUAACAUGGGAGCACCUUUGGAGCGGCAGAAUCAAAUUGCCAUCGGUUAUUUGAUGUCGAAUAUAACCGAUGUAUAUGAAUCCUUCCUGAUGCAUAUUUUGAGCGAACUAUUAGUGAAAGGACCAAACUCGUAUUUCUACAAAAGUCUCAUCGAGCCUAACCUAUCGGGAGGAUACAAUCAGCUGACCGGAUUCGAUCCCAACAUUAGGGAUACGAUGUUUGUGGUGGGUUUACAGGACAUUCCAGCAGAAGAUUUCAAGAGAGUGCAGAAUAUUUUUGCUCAGACUAUUGACGAAGUUGUCGAGAAGGGGUUCGAGAAAGAGCACCUCGAGUCUGUACUUCAUCAUAUUGAACUUCAGAUGAGGCAUCAGUCUACCAAGUUUGGACUCGGAUUGCUGUUCAAUUUGACACCACUGUGGAACCACAAUGGGGAUUUGAUUAGAUCGAUGAACGUCAGUGCGUUGAUCCAAGAACUGAGGGAGAAUAUGGCACGUGACCCAAGGUAUCUGCAGAAGAAGGUCGAAUACUACUUCCGCAAUAACAAGCAUCGAUUGACAAUGACCAUGUCUCCAGACGAGCAAUACGACGGGAAAUUCAAUGAUAGUGAAAUGAAAGUUCUGAAUGAGAAAAUCACGAAUCUUACGGUUGAUGAUCGGAAGCGAAUAUUUGAGGAAGGUUUGCAAUUAUCUAAGGCACAGAAAGCGACACCAAACAUUGACAUAUUGCCAUGUUUGAAGCUUGACGAGAUUCAAAAAUCGACGGAAAAGAAUGACAUUACAACGCAGCUAAUCAAGAAUGUUCCAACGCUUACUUGUCGAGUGGACACCAAUGGGGUUGCUUAUUUUCGUGGAAUUUUGGACGCUGGCGUACUCUCCGAAGACCAAAAACUGCUGAUCCCACUGUUUAACACCACAAUCAAUCAGUUUGGAACGAAGCAGAUGAACUAUCGUGAUUUUGAUCAGCUGAUUAACUCCAAAACGGCUGGUAUUCACUUCAGCACUCAUCUGGUGGAGGAUGUCGAAGACAACGGGCGAUAUGAGUUUGGCGUUCUGUUCGGAUCGUAUGCCUUGAAUCAGAAUGUUCCGGCGAUGUUUGAUAUCUUCAAACAAAUUUUCACCGAGAUCGAGCUUACAGACGUUGGAAGGUUUGAAAUGCUGUUGGAAAACUAUAUGUCCGAGCUGUCGGUGGGAAUUGCGCAGUCCGGCCACUUGUACGCCAUGCAAAACGCCAACGGUUUGGUUACCGAGUCGGGACGGCUCAAAGAGCAGCUUAUGGGUAUCGAACAUAUUGCCCUUAUGAAGAAACUCUCACAAAGCAACACUCCAGAGCAAAUACUUCAGAAACUAGCCUCUAUGUCGGAAACCCUUUUCGGCAAAUCGAGUCUACGAUGUGCUUUGAAUUAUGACAAGGCAUCUGAAUCGGAAAUUUUAUCGCAAUAUAAACAGUUCAUCGGUAGCAUUCCAGCGAGAAAGUCAAACGAGGCUUUAUAUACGUCGCAACGCUUGGCAACUGCUUGUCGCCAUACCGUGAUGAACAUCCCGGUGAAUUACUGCGCCAAGGCGAUCGUAACUGUUCCGUACGCGCAUUCUGAUUAUGCCCCACUUAAAGUGCUAGCCAAGUAUCUUUCCUCGAAGUAUCUGUUGCCGGUGGUCCGUGAGCAGAACGGUGCAUAUGGAGCCGGCGCAAAAAUCACCACCGAUGGGUUGUUCAAUUUCUUCAGCUAUCGGGAUCCUAACACGCGGAUAACUUUGAAUGUAUUCGACGAUGCCCACCAAUGGACAGUAGAUAAUCUGGCCAAGAUGGACGAUCAAGCACUGUUCGAGGCGAAGCUGGGAGUGCUGCAGCAGCUGGAUGUUCCCAUUGCACCCAUCGAUCGUGGAAUGGACCUAUUCCGGCACGGCAUUAGUGAGGAACGGUUCAACAAGCAUAGAGAGGAAGUACUUUCUGUGGACAGGGAACAGCUGCAGAGGGUAAACGAGAAAUAUCUGAAGCCUGGCGCGGUGGAUAUUGUUGGCAGGAGUGUGCUCGGUGCGAAGACUGACAGUUUGAAGCGGGAUGGUGAAGAAUGGAAUAUAUUUACGCUGUAAGCGAAAACGAAACAUAUGUGAAUUGUUUGAUUACUGUUAGGGAUGUUGUAAAUAAACGUAAUACGCUUAA